AGGAAAUCAUAACUGCAUCAAUGUCUCAGCUCUUGUAGUUUAUUGUAGUUAACUCUAUCAACCUUCACUAUAAAACAGCCAUGUUAACGUUACACAUGAAUGGUGACAUGAGCAAGACAGAGAAGAUCCAAGAUGAUCCACAUGAAGUGAUGAUGAUGGAGGAGGAAGAGGCUUGGGAACUGGCUCAGGACACCGAUCUGAACUCUUCCUCGUGUCUCACAUCGGCACAGAGCAGCACCGAGGUCAUUUUUGAUGGGAUGGAUGUUGCAGAGGAAGCCAAGUCAAUAUCAGAGGAGAGGAAUACAACAGAGCUGGAAGACUUGCUGGAGUCUCUGCAGCAUCUGCAGCUGUGUCUGACGGAUGCUGAGAGUCAGCAGGACGUUCAGCUGCUGCUGGAGCUAAUGCUGCAGUCAGACUUCCAGCAGGCGUUCAUCAUGCAUCGUAGCUUGGCUCAGAGCACGAGACACCUCUGUCUGCCGUUCCCGCUCACCGCACACACACAGCAGCUCAGAGACGAGGUGGAGAGUGUCCUGCAGUCCAGCAAACACACUGAAGCCACAGAACUCACAGGCCUGCUGACGUCACCAAACCUGCAGGCCCUGAUGGAAGCUCAUGACUGUAUUGCCGAGCAAGAACUGGAUGUCGAAACUAUUGAAUCCGUGGACCGGGAUGAAAAGACCAAAAAACUGGUUUCCCUGGAGAAGAUUCGUGACAUGCCUUUGGGUGUAACCGUUCGGAAUGAACAUGACCGUGUGAUCAUCAGUCGAGUGGUGAGCGGCGGGACGGUUGAGAAAAGCAACCUGCUCAGUGAAGGAGAUGAAAUCCUGGAGAUCAAUGGAGUUCCAGUCCGUGGAAAAAGUGUUAAUGAUGUUCACAACAUUUUGUCCUGCAUGCAUGGGUCUCUUAUGUUUCUUCUCAUCCCAAAUUCUCAAAACAAAAUAUCACCUCACCGGCCAACCGUGAUGCAUGUGAAGGCAAACUUCAGUUAUGACCCAUCUGAGGACCCAUAUGUGCCAUGCAGAGAGCUCGGCCUCUCCUUCCAAAAGGGAGACAUCCUACAUGUCACCAGCCAGGACGACCCCAACUGGUGGCAGGCGUACCGGGACGGACAUGAGGAACAGAAGCCCCUUGCUGGCCUUAUACCUGGGAAGAGCUUCCAACAGCACAGAGAAGCCAUGAAGAAAACCAUUACAGAGAGAAAUCAAGAGUAUAAAGGGAAACUUUGGUGUGCAAAGAAAGGCAAAAAGCAAUGGAAAAAACUCUUGUUCAACCCUAAUAAGAAUAUCGAGCAUUACACUGAGGAUAUCCUGACCUAUGAAGAGGUGGCACUGUACCAUCAGCCGCCCAACCGCAAGCGCCCCAUCGCUCUGAUUGGUCCACCUAACAGUGGACAUGAUGAACUGAGACAAAGACUGCUCUCUUUAGAGCCUGACCGAUUCGCUGGAGCUGUCCCACAUACCACACGAAACCCCCGUGCACAUGAGGUCAACGGCAGGGAGUACAACUUUGUAUCACGACAGCGCUUUGAAUCUGACCUGGCUGCGGGGAAAUUCAUUGAGUCGGGCGAGUUUGAACAGAACCUGUAUGGCACAAACACGGAUUCAAUCAGACAGGUUGUCAACUCAAGGAAAAUCUGUUUGCUGUGUCUGCAUCCCAGGUCCCUGCGAGUGCUGUGUUCCUCAGAUCUUAAACCAUACAUCAUCUUCAUCAGGCCUUCUCCUCCUCCUCAAGAGCGAUUCUCCACCCUGCUGACCAGAGGAGUGAAGAAACACAUGCCUGAGGAUGUGAGAGAGACCUUGGAGAAAGUGCGUGAGAUGGAGCACAGCUACGGUCACUUGUUCGAUGCGAUCAUCACAAACAGUGAGCAGGAGAAGAGCGUCUCUGAGCUGCUGAGACUCAUUGACAAACUGGACAUUGAGCCGCAGUGGGUCCCUUCAGCCUGGGUCAGCUAAAAAACACUUUCAGUUGAGAAGAAAUCAUGUGUUUUCUGUGUUGAAGGCUAGAAAUGUUCUGUUUGAAAUGGUACUAUCACUGCAGUUUGCAUAUUGUGCACAUUAUGCUAACUGUGUGUGUGUGUGUGUGUGUCUGCUUGUUAAAGGAAAUGUUUUCCCCUUAAAAUGAAAAUCUCCUCACCCUCAGGCCGUCCGAGAUGUAGAUGAGUUUGUUUCUUCAUCAGAUUUAGAAAAAUGCAUCACUUGCUCUUAUUUUCUUAACAUAGACGCAUAUCUUCAAAAUAUUUCCUCAGCAUUGAGGAUAUUUAAGAGCAGUUUCAUAUAGCUUUAAGUCUAUUUCCAUGAUCUUAUAAGGUGAUGUAUUACA